AUGACGUGGGGAUGGGGAAGGAGAGGAGAGGGACGAGUGGAAAGUGAUUGGGUCCACGUGGCGCGUUGGGAUUGGCGGUGGAUUAUUUGUCCGCUCUCGUGGAAAAAGGCAAAGGUUCUGAGCGAGAAGCAGAUGGCGCCAAGGGAAAGUGGAUUGUUGGACUUGGAGGCGUGUAGGGAAGCGGCAGAGGAGAUCCGCCUGCGCCGAGGGCCAGGAGUUUGA